UGAUUGAUUCAUUAUUUCUCAAAUUAUUCCUCAGAUUUUGUAUAUGCUGCAAGAUUUGGUAAAUCUGGUGCAGAUAUGGGUUUUAAUAUUAGAGUAUUAAUUGACAAUUUGGAGGUUAGCUUCAAACAUAGUCAAGCUCAGCAAUGGAGUUGUAUAUUACUGGAGAUCGUCAAAUUUCCUAAACUUUAUUUAUUUCAAGUAUUAAGUCAUUUUGGAGGCGGGUGAAAAAUUUCUGUAGUAUAUAAAUAAGCGCGGAAAAGACUGAAAUAUACUCCAACGGCAUAUCAUAAUAAAAUGUUCAAUGAAAUUGAAUAAUUUAGAAAACAAUAUAAAAAGAUGAAUGGAGCAAUGGAUAAAAACAAUGUUGCUGCUCAAAAAGGUCCUAAGAAUUACAAAUUGCUAGUAGAUCCAUUUCUUAUGAAAGGAACUGCAAAAUUAUAUAGGUAUGAUGGUUAUGUACCAAAUGACCCAACUUAUCCUCCUGUUCAAUUGAGAGACCCCAGAUCACAUUUAACAAGAAUAUGGACCAGACUCGAGAAUCUUGAUAUUCCUGUACCUAGGUUCAAAAUAGAUGAGAACUAUGUUGGCGAUCCACCAAAACUAGAAGUAACUAUUUGCAAUUUAAAUGAUAACAUUGACAAGGCUUUUUUGAAAGACAUGGUUCAAAAAUUUGGAAACACCGAAGAACAGGUCAUAUUCUAUCACCCGGUUACCAACAAACAUUUAGGUCUAGCUAAGCUUGUUUUUGAAUUAGUCAAAAGUGCCCAAGCAUUUGUCAAUAAAUAUAAUGGCACAUCUGUCAUGGGAAAAGUUCUUCGGGUAUUUUUGGAUCCAUUUGGCAAGGAGUGUAAGAAACUUUUCACGGAAUUCACAACUGACAAGAAGCAGUCUUCAAUACCAGAAGAACAUUCUGCAGUAACUCCUACAGAAAGUGUGUCUGAUAAAUCUUCUAGUUAUCGAAAAGACUGGGAUGGCUAUUCUCAAAAAGAACGAGAAAGGACUCAUUCUGAGAGAGACGGUUAUGAAAAUGACUGGGAAAAAUCUUCAAAGUCUUGGGAUAGAGAUAGAAGAUCUGACAAAGAUAGUUACCAUAGAAAAUAUAAAAGUGAUAGAGAUAGAGACCAUUAUGAUGGUUAUGAUGGUCGAGACAAAGAUAAAGAACAUGAUCGAGUCAGAGAUCGUGAUAGAAACAAAGACAGGGACAAAGAUAGGGACCGAGAACCAAGCAGGGAUAGUGGGAGAUAUAGUCGAGAGAGAAAUUUUAAAGGUGGCAGAGAAGGGAGGGAGUUUUCAGUAUCAUCAGUUAAAAGUGAUUCUUUAUAUAGUUCUAGUAGUCAAAGUGAUGUUACAAGCAGUUUUACUACAACCACAUAUAAUAGUUCAACACCUCAAAAUAUGUAUGAUCCUUAUUAUUCAGGUUACCAAUACAAUAUGAAUUCAUAUCAAAAUAUGCCUGCUCCACCUCCAGGGCAACAUAUGUGGCCCAUGCCACCGUGGCCUGGUCAGGAACCUUGGAAUCAUUCACCAGCACCACAGACACCGACUUCAUGUUCAACUAUUGCACCUCCUGAACCUAAAGUUCUCAAUAAUUGGGUAGAAGUUCCUCCAGUUCUUCCUAAAAAGAAUCAUUCUCCAGUUUUCGAGAAAAAAGAUGAGGGCAAAACAGAAAAUUCUACUGUUGAUUUAGAUACUCGAAUUGCAAUGUUGCUAAAAGGUAAAGGAUCAGGAGGCAUGGCGCCACCUUUUUUACAACUUGGCAUGAGUUCAGAGUCUGAGCCAGAGGAUAAUGAUAAAGUUUACCAAAGCCCUGAAAAACGAAGUCCUAUUGAUCAUGUUCAAGAAAACGAAGUUCCAAGAGAUCUCAUUUUACAAUCACCUUUGAGUGAUCCCCCUUCACCUUUUUUGAGUUAUGAAGUAUAUUUAAGUAAUCAUAGACAAUUGCAAGAGAUACUGAAGAAUAAACUGAAAGAAAAUGCUUCUGCAAAACGUAAAAAAAACACACCAUUGUUGCCAAAUGAGUUUGAUAAAUUAGGUAGUGAUAUAUCAAGUAGUGAAGACGAGUUGUUGACAGGAGAACCAUCAGAUAAAUUGACUUAUAGUCCUGUGCAUGGACCUCCUGGUGUUGGAUCUAGUGAAAAUGAUGAUAAGAUGUCACUAUCAUCAUUAUCAUCGACUGAAAAGGUAUCUGAAACAACUACCACAUACCCCCCUGGAGUAGAUUAUCCCCCGCCUUCGUAUCAGUACGGGCAUAUGAACUUACCUCCAGGGAUACCGCCACCGACUGUGGCGGUUCCUCCCCCUCCACCUGGAACAAUCAACUAUUACCCUCCUGGUUAUGGAGAUUGGCAAGCUCCACCUCCAGGUUAUCAAAUGCCUCCAGGGACAGGAUAUGAUUCACAGAUGAUGUAUCAUAUGCCUCACACGCAGCACUAUCCAGGCUAUGCUCUUAAUUCUGGACCAUAUAUUCCGCCAAUGUAUCCUAGUGGUACAAAAGAGGCACAUGCCGUGGAGAAAGAUGAUCCGCAUGCUAUGACAAUCAACGGCGUCCUGCAACAAAUCACAGCUGAACUGAAAAAUAUUUUGAAAAAGGAUUUCAACAAACGGAUGGUGGAAAAUACAGCUUAUAAGAAACUUGAAAACUGGUGGGAUGAACAGCAGAGCAAAUCUGCCAAUAAAGGAACUGUACUAGCUGACAUUACUCCUAUUCAAAAGAAAUCAGAAAAUAUUUCUACAAUUCUAGAAAAUCACAGAGAUAGUUUAGAUUUAGGUGGAUACGGAUCUUCUUUUGGUUUAGGGCUUAGAGCUCAAAUUCCCAAGAUGCCUAGUUUUAGAAGGAUUCCCAAACGGGCGAGUCCCAAACGACGCGACUCUGAGAAGAAUUUGAGUGACCAGGAAGAAAUUGUGCAAAACAGCGAUGAUGAAAAGGAACCAACAACUAAUGAGCCACGGCCCAUGAUCAGGAGAAAGGGUUCCAUGAGCAGUUUCUUCACAACAUCCGAAAGUUCGAGUGGAGAACUAUCUAGUUCUGAUAGCAGUUCUUCAGACAGUGAGGUAGAGAUGGAAAUAAAAACUCGCAACACAAAACCAAAAGAGACAAUUAGGCAUGAAAAAUCAAAGCUCAAGAUAAAAGACAAUCGGAUAUAUUCUACAGAUAGUGACAGUGAUGAUGCACUUUCUAAAAUUUCUGACAGGGACACGCCUAUCCCUGAUGAAGAAGUAUCAAUGAGUCCCACAAGACCAAAAACACCAGGCCACGAUAUUGAACUAGAACCCAAAUCUGAAAUUGUGCCUGAACCUGAUAAUAAACCCGAAAUAAAACCUUCAGUUUCAGAGAAAAAAUCUGCAAUUCUAGAAGAUAGGAUUUACUCUGAUUCUGAUGAAGAAAGGGAGUAUCAAGAAAGAAGGAGAAGAAAUACCGAGUACAUGGAGCAAAUUGAAAGAGAAUUUAUGGAGGAACAAAAACGAAAGGAGCAGUUGAGGAUGGAGCAGUCCAAAGCAAAAGAAGAGGUAGAAAUCCAAAAAGCGGUAUCCCCGAAAGAAAAGGAAUCUGAUAAACCUGGUAUUGCAAGACUAGAAGAAGCGGAAUACUUAUUAAGUCUUAGUGAAAGUGGAGAUCGCAAAGUUCCCAGAACACCUGGAUCAAGCUAUUCUGCAAUGGAUGAGCUCGUCAAAUUAACAACCCCCGAGCCUAAAAAAAUAGUAGAACGUACUCCUGCAAAAAAGGCUGUGUCAUCCUCCACUACUGCUACUUCAUCUAGUGGCAAUACAACAACAAGUACAUCAAGUAGCUCGAGCUUAUCUACUAAGAAGACACCUGCCACAGAUGAAUCAACUAAAGACAUUAAUGGGAGUCUGUCAACCCUUUCCUCGCGGCCGCGCACCGUAUCACCUAGUGGUUCUCGUGGCAGUUGCAGUUCGAGUGACGGAGGUUCUACACCUGCCUCUCAAGUGGCUUUAGAACAUUCAUACAGUUUACCUCCGGCAUCUGCUUCUGAUAAAAGUUCAAUUCCUGCACCGCGUGAGCCUGAGAAGCGGAAACGAGACGACACUAACGCAUUUGCGCACGAUCAUGGUUAUACAACCGCUGAAUCGACGCACUCUUCAUCUUCAGUACAAAAGACCCCUGUCACAAUGAAGAAAACAAAGAAGGAACCAAAAUCUAGGUUGAAUAAAAAUGAUUACAAAAAAUUGGCACAACAACGAAAGGCACAGCCAUUGUACUCAGAUAAUGAUGUCAAUCUUACAAAACACAAGCAGCCUCCAAACAAGAUUCGAGAAAGUGUCUACACAAAUGAUUUUAAUCCAGCUCAAACGUUACCGGAUCCUUAUCCAUAUAUUAAAUAUAAGGAACGAGAAGUCAUGCAGGAAGUUGGAAUUCUUUAUGAAUUCUUGACUAAAGGUAUUGAUAAAGAAGACAUGUAUUAUCUUCAGAAAAGUUAUGAUCUACUCCUUGCUGAUGAUUCUAAUAGUUACUGGUUAAAUGACACCCAUUGGGUUGAACAUUGUCCUACAGAUCUUCAUUAUAUACCACCUAAGAAAAAACAUAAACAUGCUGAUGAUCUGCGAAUGCAUAAAACUGGUUGCGCAAGGACGGAAGGUUUUUACAAACUGGACAUGAAAGAAAAAGCCAAAUUUAAGUACCAUAAUGCCAAAUCCAUUAACAAUGCAAUUAACAUGGAGCAGAAGAAUUCAGUAGCCAAAACACAAGGCAUUUCACGAGAAGCUAGGUCAAAUCAGAGAAGAUUACUUACAGCAUUUGGAACAGACACUGAUUCAGAUUUGCUGAAGUUCAACCAGCUGAAGUUCAGGAAAAAACAAUUGAAAUUUGCUAAAUCAGGAAUUCAUGACUGGGGUCUAUUUGCCAUGGAACCUAUCGCUGCUGACGAAAUGGUUAUAGAGUAUGUGGGACAAAUGAUUAGACCUGUGGUUGCCGAUUUGCGUGAAACAAAAUAUGAAUCCAUUGGAAUUGGAAGUUCAUAUUUGUUCAGGAUAGAUAUAGAUAACAUUAUUGAUGCCACAAAGUGCGGUAACCUUGCUCGGUUUAUCAAUCAUAGCUGUAACCCUAAUUGUUAUGCAAAAAUCAUCACUAUAGAGGCCCAGAAAAAAAUUGUGAUAUAUUCCAAGCAGCCCAUUGCUGUAAAUGAAGAAAUCACUUAUGAUUAUAAAUUCCCAUUGGAAGAAGAAAAGAUUACAUGUUUGUGUGGAGCGGUUCAGUGUAGGGGAACAUUAAAUUAAUUGUAAAUAAUAUAGUAUUUUUAUUAGAAACGGUUAUCUCAUAAUUAAUA